AUGACUUCUCUGCUAGCGAAGGACGCUUACCUGCAGGGCCUGGCCAAGAAGAUCUGCUCCCAGCCCAGCGCCGAGCCUCAGAAGCGCAAGUCGGCUGGCAAAACUCAAGUCUCAGAAGCUGCUGUACCCCCCAGAAAGAAGAGGAAGAAAGCGCAGAAGAAAUCCCCGGAGCGGGAGAAGAAGACUGCAAAGCCCAAGGCCCAGGCCCCUGCGGAGAAGUCUGAGGCCAGGAAGCCAGAGGCAGCCGAGGAGGAGGAGGAGGAGGAAGCCGCCCGCUCCACCAGGGCCCCGGCGGAUGGCCUGGCCACAGAGCCUGACUCGUUAUUCGCCUUGGAUGUUCUGCGGCAGCUCCUGCACGAGAAGAUUGAGGAGGCGCGGGGCCAGGGUAGCAUCAAGGAGCUGUCUGCCGCCGUUUUGGAGAAAAGACGCCGGAGGAAGCAGGAGCGCGACCGGAAAAAGAGGAAGCGGAGGGAGCUGAGAGCAAAGGAGAAGGCUGCCGCGGCACUGGAGGCGGCAAAGGCCACCGAGCCAGGCCCUCGGGUACCCAGGGCGGAGACGCAGGCCCAGGUGGGGCUGCUCUUCAACAAGGUGGAGGUGACUGAGGAGGAGCCGGCCAGCAAGGCCCAGCGCCGGAAGGAGAAGAGGCAGAAGCUGAAGGGGAACCUGACGCCCCUGACGGGCAGAAACUACCGGCAGCUGCUGGAGCGCCUGCAGGCGCGGCAGGCCCGGCUGGAGGAGCUGCGGGACCGGGACGCGGGGCAGGCCCAGGAGCUCGAGGCCAAGAUGCGCUGGACCAACCUGCUGUACAAGGCCGAGGGCGUGAGGAUCCGCGACAACGAGCGCCUGCUGCAGGAGGCCCUGAAGCGCAAGGAGCGGCGGCGCGCACAGCGCCUGCGCGCCUGGGAAAAGCGCACGGCGCACGUGGUGGGCAAGAUGCAGCAGCGGCAGGACCGGCGGCGGCAGAACCUGCGCAAGAAGAAGGUGGCCAGGGCCGAGCGGCGCCUGGAGAAGGCCCGCAAGAAGGGCCGCAUCCUGCCCCAAGACCUGGAGCGCGCCGGCCUGGCCUGA